AUGGGAUCACAAAGAAAGAACAGUCUGGACUUCAAUCAGUUGGGACCACACUGGUUCCUGACCUCCAUCUUGGUGGCUGCAGCCCUGGUCCUCCCAGCUCUGACUCUGGACAGCCUGCUGUGUUAUUACUGUCCUCUGCAGCACAAAGGCAACUCCUGCGCCAACAUCACAAGCCAGUGUCUGCCUGAUCAACGCUGUUCCAGCUCGAGAGGUCGCUACGGCUCCAUCCACAUCCUGUCUGCUCAGGGCUGCGUGGACAGCGGACUCUGUGGUUCCCAUGAAAUCAUCUCUUAUCGGGGGGUUAACUACAACGUCAGCCACACCUGCUGCUGCAAAGACAAUUGUAACGGCUCGCCAAAGUCUGACGCCAACCUGAAGAAGAUACUGGGGAUGAUCACAGACAAAACAAAUCACACCAGCAUCACUGAUGUUCUUACAGAGGAACCUCUGGAUUCCUGUGCAAAUUACACAUCAUUAAAGACCGCCACAUUACCUGCCACUGCAUGAAAGGAGCACUUGUAGGAGACUGGGGAGAGGCCUGUUAGUCAGAGGUACUUACCUGAGUCUCCAAAAGAUGACUACAUAUAAACAUUUGGUCAAAUGUUUAUACUGGUCAUGACUGGUAUUCUUGCUACAGGAAGGUUUUGUGUGAUUUACAUUUUUGAGAGAGAGAAAAACGUGGACAUGUAAGCCAUCCUCCUGGAAUAUAUGCUCCUUUAAAAAAGAAAAGUAAAUGCUGACAUUAUC